GCAUGCAGAGUGUAUCCUUCCCUCUGUCCCUGUAACCGGCCUGAACAAGAGCCAGGAAAAGGGGAAGGGCCUCCCUCUCCUCCUCUCCAGCUGACAAAAACAGCUGCCCAGGAGAACGAGCUGGAGACAGUUUAGAGGAGCGAGAGGGAAAGAGGAGGAGGGAGAGGAGGACAAAACAGCAUCCAGAGUCCAGGAGACGUCCACCUAUAUGGGUUGCGUCCUGAGUUCGGACUGGUGCGGGGAGGAAGAGGUGCUGCCGGUGCCGGUGGUCAGGAGCUCGUCCCUGAAGACAAGGAGCCUGGAGAGGAGCGAGAGUGGCAGGAUGAGGCUGAUGAAGGGGGGGAAGGGGGAGCCCCACGUCUUCAAGGAAAAGACCUUCAAGAAGAAGCGUCAGUGCAGCGUGUGCCAUCAGAACAUCGACAACAUCGGCUCCUUCUGCAGAGUAUGCAAGACAGCUACCCACAGGAAGUGUGAGGCCAAGGUAACCUCAUCCUGCAUCCCAGCUCCUUCCAAUGAUCUGCAGCGCAGAGGGACCGCUCCUUCUCGACACACCCAGCACCUGGGGUCCACAAAAUCUCUGACCUACACCAAACAGAGGAACACCCUCCCCAGGAGCUUCAGUGUGGACCGCGUGAUGGAGAGAGUGAUGGAGCGCCACUACGAUUUUGAUCUGACCUACAUCACUGAGAGGAUCAUCUCCGUCUUCUUCCCUCCGAAGCUUGAAGAGCAAAGAUACCGCAUCAACCUGAAGGAGGUGGCAGCCAUGCUGAAGUCCAAACACCAGGACAAAUUCCUGCUCCUGAACCUCUCAGAGAGACGGCACGAUAUCACUCGGCUGAAUCCGAAGGUUCAUGACUUUGGCUGGCCAGACCUCCACGCCCCUCCUCUGGAUAAGAUCUGUGCCAUAUGUAAAACCAUGGAGACGUGGCUGACCUCUGACCCCCAGCACGUGGUGGUCCUACACUGCAAGGGCAACAAAGGUAAAACAGGAGUGAUUAUUGCAGCCUACAUGCACUACAGCAAGAUCUCUGCAGGGGCGGAUCAGGCUCUCAGUACUCUCGCCAUGAGGAAGUUUUGUGAAGAUAAGGUGUCCUCUUCCCUCCAGCCGUCCCAAAACAGGUAUAUCUAUUACUUUGGAGGCCUUCUGUCCGGGGCGAUCAAGAUGAACAGCAGUCCUCUCUUCCUCCACCAAGUCCUCAUCCCAUCGCUCCCUAACUUCCAGGGUGAAGGAGGUUACUUCCCUUUCUUGAAGAUCUACCAGUCCAUGCAGUUGGUGUACACUUCAGGCAUCUAUGACCUUCAAGGCACCGGAGGGAGGCGGUUGAGUGUGACCAUCGAGCCAGCACUUCUGCUGAAGGGUGACAUCAUGGUCAAAUGCUACCACAGGCGAGCUCAGAGUGCUGACAGAGACACGGUGUUCAGGCUGCAGUUCCACACCUGCACAAUCCACGGAUCCCAGCUCUGGUUUGGCAAGGGGGAGUUGGAUGAAGCGUGUAUCGAUGAGCGUUUUCCAUCUGAUGCCACAGUGGAGUUUGUCUUCUCCUCUGGACCUGAGAAAAUCAAAGGCCGUGAGUACCAGAAGAAUGACCCAGCUGUAACAGUGGACUACAAUACAGCUGACCCAGUGGUUCGCUGGGAUUCCUAUGAGAACUUCAACCAACGAUACCAGGACAGCCUGGAGGAUAUCGCCCACACCAGAGGUCCUUUGGAUGGCAGCCUUUACGCUCAGAUCAAGAAGCGCCGCGGUCCUGGCUCUGGUUCUCUCAGCUCAACCAAUGGCAGCAGCCCAGCAGGAGGCCUGGUAGAAGACAGACCAGAUCAUUUCAUCUCUCAGGGCUCUGACUCUGCCCUUUCAACCCAUUCCCUCCAUUUGAAUCAAUCCUCCAUUCAUCCUGAUCACCAAGAGGAUCCUAUUCGCCCUCCACCUCCAACCCGACAGGAGAGAGAGGAGCUGGAACGUCUGCUUGGUGGCAUCGAAGGAAACCGAGAUGGAGAGCGAGAGACAGCCAUAUUGGAUGAUGGAGAUUCUUUGCCCUCUGAGAGAAAUGGGACGUUGACACGGCUUAGUCGGUCCUGCUCCUGUCGGGAUGGUUACCGGUCUCAACGCUGUGCUGAGCCUGGCUGUGAUCGCACCCUUCUCAUGCCUAAUGGUUACUGCCUCGAUCGUGCUCCUGGCACUAAUGGGCAUCAUGGGGCCACUCCUUCUGCUAGCCCCAACCCUGCUGCUCCACCAUCACAUAUGGAUCUGUGCCAGCACUACAGCCCCCACUCCCACCAGUCCCUUCCACCUCCAGACCUGGUAUGGGACCGUCAGAGUGGCCCUCCACAUUACCUGCACCGCUCCUGCUCAGAAGCGUCUUCAUCUCGACAUAUGUGCCCGUACCCAUCUCCAGAUCUCCACAACCACCUGCACCACCACCCUCUGUCUGCACCAGGGCGCCUCUACUGUCGAGAGGAUGACUACGCUCCCUACCACAGCCACCAUCAUCCUCACCCACACCACCCCAAACCUGCCACAAGUCCCACCUACCAUGACAUAAUGCUAAUGGAUGGUCUGCCGCCCCCUGGCUGUCCUUGCAGAGACUGCAGCAUCAGAAGGGAAGACUCAGCAGCUUAUCACAGCAUCAGGCUGGACCGAAGUGAAAGCUUCCACUGGGACAGAGAGGCAGAACUUCAGCAGAGGGAAGUGGGGCUUAGGCGAGCCAGAGAAGCAGAGUUACCCAGAGGGUCAGAGCUCCACUGGGAGAGGGAUCCUGGGCUAAGACGAGGCAGAGAGCUGUCCCUCCACUGGGAGAGAGACAGGGAGGCCGAGCUGCAGUGGGAGAGAGACCGAGAGGCUGAAUAUUGGCACAGGAGGGCCACCGUAGCUUCUUAUGGCCCACAGGGUCACGACCUGCCAGCCUUCACAUUCGAUCCUCUACCAUCAGGUCAUCCAGCUUAUCCAGAGGCAUCCAGGUCUCAUGCUCACUCCCAGCUGGACCUGAAGUACAGCAGCAGCAGCAGCGGUUACCAAACGCCACGCCAAGUGUGCCCCUGCUCUCCAUACCAGCCUUCUCCAUCUGAGAGCAGAGGCUAUGGCUCAGGCUACCAGUCUGAGUCCACAUCCCCGCUGCCUACAGGUUCCUGCAGCCACAGCAACGGGACAACAGAGCACAACCACAACCACAACCACCACCAUCACCAUCCAGACUCACAGCAAUCAUACGGCUCUGACUCACAUACCGAUGGCCUUCGUAGUUCUGGUGAAAGUGUGGGCUGGAGGGAUCACAUAACCCACGGUUCUUUCAAGAGAGCCCACAGAGACGUCCACGCUCCAUGCUCCACGCCGUCUGAUAUGUCUGGACCAUCCACUCCUGUCCACACAAGCAGCCCUCUACGCACAAGAGAAAGCCCCAGUCCAGGAGGAAGAGAGUAUGAGAUCCGGACCACAGACAUCAUCGGCAGUGACUGCGAGAGUUCUCCCCAGGAUGGACACUAUCAUCCUGAACCUGCCCUUCCAGAAAGCCAAAGAAGCAGCACAGAGCCGUCGUCCAUGCCUCAGGCAGCCAAAGACUCUCAGUCACACUCAACCACAUCGUUACCACCAGAACACCACAAUCACUGCACUGCACCAACAGACUCUUCCCCAAACACCCCCCAACUGCAGCACUGUAGCCCAGAAACACCGCCAUCUUUGACAAUGCAGAUCUCUUCUGUCGACUCUGCAACUCCACCCACAUCAAACCAGGGACUCUGCCAGGCUCCCCAGUCCCCAGUCCAUGCUUCUCCAGCACCAGAUACACAACCUGGACCUCUCACUCUCCGGACCCCCAGUCCCUCAGAGGCUGCUGCUCUGGCACAGUCCACGACCCAGCCUCAGGGCCAGAUCCAAACACAGGACAUUGAGUUGACGAGAACGACCCCAGCAGAAGUCGUUAGAUCUUCUCCAACCAGCCAACCUCAUCCUGAAGCCAAACACCCCAGCAUCACCCCGACCCCCAACGGUGCAUCUGUCCCUGCAUCUCCAUCACCCCCCCAGCCUGCCUCUGGCAGCAUGGAGGGCUCCCCAGUCUCCGAUACCCCAGUCCCUGGCUUUUCCACUUUGAGUAGACGGUUGAUGUUGAGUGGGCCUGAUGCCCACCAUCCCAGCCACAUCCAGCAGCAUGGACCCCCACACCACCAGUACCCAGGCAUGGAGCACAAUCCUGCUAGACAUAACGCAUCUCUGGACAACAACAAGAAGCCGUGCUACUCCAAUCCUCAGCUACACCCGUCCUCCUACUCCAACUACUCCACCAUCUCCAUCCCCCUCCCUCACCCACAGCCACCUUUGCCAGAGAAGCGCCACCUGCCAACCCAGCCAGGGUCACCUAAUGAUGGCGUGGGAUCUCAAAAGCCAGGCAUGGGUCAUGUGCCUCCAUCCAGUAAUGCCCAACAGCACCAUGUCACAUUCUCUCCCACCGUGGGGGAAAUUGCUCCCCCUACUGGCCAGAAUGACAGAGAGGCAUCUGUGGAGACUGAGCAUGGAAACAGGGUCAGUGUGAAGUUUGUUCAGGACAGCUCAAGAUUCUGGUACAAGCCUGGCAUUUCCAGAGAGCAAGCAAUCACAGGUCUGAAGGAGAGAGAGCCGGGAACCUUCCUGAUCAGGGACAGUAACUCUUUCCAGGGGGCGUAUGGUCUGGCCCUGAAGGUGGCUACACCUCCUGCUAAUGUCAACAACCACAGCAGCAAAGUAAGCGAUCCUCUGGAGCAGCUGGUUAGACACUUCCUCAUAGAAACAGGCCCACGAGGAGUCAAGAUUAAAGGAUGUCAGAAUGAACCGUACUUUGGGAGUCUGUCUGCGUUGGUCUAUCAACACGUCAUCACACCAAUCUCUUUGCCCUGUACUCUGAAGAUCCCAGAAAAAGAUCUGAUUGGAGAGGUUCAGGAGGUCCAACCAGUGACUAACAUCAGCACAGCUGCUGAUCUGCUGAAACAAGGAGCAGCCUGUAACGUCCUCUACCUGAACUCUGUGGAAACAGAGUCUCUGACCGGCCCACAGGCCAUCGCCAAGGCAACAGACGCGUCCCUCGGUCGUAAUCCACGUCCCACUGCAACUGUAGUCCAGUUUAAGGUGACGUCGCAGGGUAUCACGCUGACGGACAGCCAACGCAGGGUUUUCUUCAGGAGACAUUACCCUGUGAACAGUGUCACUUUCAGCAGCAUCGACCCCAAAGACAGGAGGUGGACUAAUUCAGACAACACCACUGUUAAGGUGUUCGGUUUUGUAGCCAAGAAGCCAGGCAGCUUGGCAGAGAACGUUUGCCACCUGUUUGCCGAGCUGGACCCCGAACAACCUGCCUCUGCUAUUGUCAACUUUAUCAACAAGGUCAUGCUGUCCCAGCGCCGAUAGAGGGAGACAAAGAGAAGAAAGCAAACACAGCAGAUCAGCGGUGAAACAAAAUACAGUUAUGACAAGGCUUUUAUUGUUCAUAAUGGCCUAGUAUUGCUGUUUUCUGAACAAGUGCCAUAACACUAAUACUAUUUUACAAAACAAAGAUUUUCUGAUUAUUGUCGUUUAGACAUUUUCAAGGUGAUUUAAAUAUCAGUUCAUGGUCCUGCAGAUUAUUUUACUAUUGUUCCAUUUAAUUCUAAUCAAGGAUUGGUUGGCAAAGUUUCAACUUUUGAGAAUAGGUCAGUAUUUAAAUAAAAACAAAUAAGAGUUUAGAUGAAAUCAUUAUGUUUUCUCUUCACCAAAGACAAGGAGGCUAAAGAGGAGAACUCCACAAUCCACUUUAGCUUUUCAAGAAAGAAAACACCUUCUAUACCUACCAAGGGCCUGUAUCACUAGGAAGAAAUAAUGGAUUAUUCAGCUAUCUGUCAGUAUAUUUCAUGUUUUUUGGUAUCAUGAGGAUGGUUCACUUUUAACCAGCACAGAUCCACAAAGUAACCUUCAGAGUUUGGUGUGAUCAGAAAGGCUGUCUUUUGUACCGGAUGCCAAGGAUUAUUAUCAAUAAUUGUCAACUUCAAUAAAAACACUGGUAAACCUUUAAAAAUAUACCGUAUAUUUAACAUACAUUCCAGUACUUUCACUUAAACUGUUAACCUUUUAAAAAUCAUUUUAUUGAAUAUCCUCUUCACACAAAUGAGCUUUUUAACUAUUCACAUGGGAACUAUGGGAGUUAAGAUGUUCCCAUUGAAGGGAAAUAAGAUACAUAAAGAGUUUCAAAGAGUAAUACAGAACUUUUUCACAUUUCGGUCUUUUUUUUUCUUUUUUUCUUUUUUUCAGAAGUUGAUUAAACUUUUCUUUUUGGAUCCUCAGAGAAUAAUCAGUUUCUUCCAUUUUAAAUAUUAUAAUCAAUCAUUCUUUUUUUGGAUAACACCCUUUCAUAACCAUAAGUUAUUUUAAAAACAGUUUACAAAGAGGGCAGGUCUAGACCGACUCUCUGUUGUGGCCUAUUUUAAAAAGAGCAGCGUUAAUCAACACGAGCACAGCACUAGCAGUAUUUAGCCCCGUUACAGUGGCAAUAUAAGUCUUCCCUAAUUAUAAAGUAGGACUGUCAAGCAGACCGCUCUCAUGUUGACAGCUCUCUGCCGAAGCUGCACUGGGGUUGGAAAGCGGUAGAAGGAAGAGUAGGGCUGGGAGAAAAGCAGGAAGGAGAGAGGGACAAGAGAAACGACAGAACAACAAAUGAAAGACAAAUUUAUGGCAGUUGUGGCCAUGAACCUAUCUCCCAUUUUGUAGGAAAUUGCUAGAACACUGUUGCCUUUAUUGAUAUACUGUAUAUUCAGUAUUACUCCAUACUGUAUUUUUCUGGCUUAAUGUGCCUUGAACCAGAUCUGGCAGAGUCUGUGCACCUAUCAGAUCAUUAUUUAAAUCAGAAUUGUAUAACAUUAUGUACAAGGCAUAUGCAGAUAAUCUGACAUUAAAUUUCAUACUUUUUAAGGCCUAUCUUUAAUUACCUGAGCUUGUAUUGUGCUUUUUUAGUCAUCUGACUACUCAAGCCACUUUUAUACCACAGGUCACACCUACCCAUUCGCACUCCUUCACUCCGCAU